AUGCGGAAGUGCUUUCAGCUCGCUCAAAGGGCUUGCAUAAAUUCAAAGAAUGGCAAGCACAUUGAGAUCAAUGAGGGCCGCGUAGGGACCGAGCGAGAGCGCGCCGCUCGUCCGGGCCGCCGACACCAGCUUAGCUCGUUCCCGGGCGGGGGUCGCGCGCCCUCUCCAGCCGAGCCGCUCACCUGGCUGGCCUCAGGCUCGCUCCAUAGCCGCCCGCGCGGUGCGGUGCGGCGCGGCCCCGGCCGCCCCCGCCGCCUCCGGGGAGGGGCAGCCCCACGCCGCACUCACCGCCCCCGGCCGCCGCCGCCGCCGCUGCGGCUCCCGCCCACCGCCGGCCCGGCCAUUCCCCGGCCGCCGCUCCCCGCGGAGCCGGCCGCUCCACACCCACCCCCGCCUCCGCGCUGCCUGGCUGUUGGUACGGUCCUAGCGGAACGCCCUCCCUGCGGCCAAUCACAGAACAUGGGUCUGCUUGCAGUCAGCUCUUCUUCCUGGACCAGAAAACCAAACCGUGAAGCAAAAGAGGAAGUCAGCGGUUCCUUUGAGACUGUGAGACUAAGUGUUCCGUCUUCUCCGUCAUUCCAAUGACACUGAGGAUGACCCUGCUCCUGUCGUUGCUCAUCCUAAGGCCUAGCUUAGGGGAGAUGACACCCCUCUGUGUUGAAGGAUUCUCAGAGAAAGAGGGUUUUUUGGUCCAUGGAAGCAAUCCAAUCAAGUGCACAUUGCACGUCCGUCCCCCAUACUGCAGUAUAAACAGUUUUCUUCCUCA